AUGAUAUGACCUAUACAACAGAGAGAGGAAGAAGAGGAACCAUUCAAAGUUCUAAGCCACGCAAAACUGUUCCAAAUACCACAAUAUGGCCGCUGCAGUUUCGAUCCCGACCAACCGCGCCCUGCUCCGCCUCGAUCCCGCGCGGUCUCGACGACCCACAACGUGUUCUUGGAAUUCCGGCUAUAAAGUAACAAGGAACUGGAGAUGGGGAAUUGGAGUAGCGUCAUCUCCUCCUCCUCCUCAUCCUCCCUCCCGUCGCGCUCUAUCAACGGUGCUAUUAGCUGGGUCCAGAGCCGACGAUUCAGCUUCAUCUGAGAUGUCGGUUGAAAACGCUUUGAAGUUGUUGGGUGUAAAGGAAGGAGCUUCUUUUGAAGAUAUACUGAAAGCAAAGAAUCUCAUUCUUGCUACCUGCAAAGACGACGAACAAGCGAUUGCCCAGGUAGAGGCAGCAUACGAUAUGCUGCUAAUGCAAAGUCUAUCACAAAGGCGAUCUGGGAAAGUUGAAAAUAGCAAGGUUCGAUACGCCGACGUAAAACCCAUAACCGCUCCAGCCGGAGUUAAUUCAGUAACUCGAUGGUUUCAGGCUACGACAAGAAACGCUCCCAUCUCAAUUGAUACUCCAUCGGUUAAUCGUGAUUUGGGUUUACAGGCAGGUGCAUAUGGAGUUCUAAUGGUUCUGUGUUACGCCAAUGGAGCUGCAACUUCAUCUAAUUCCGCUUACGAUGUUCCUGGACUGAUCUUGGCUACUAGCUUUGGCGCAUCAUUGUACUUCAUGACGAAAAAGAAGGUUAAAUUAGGGAAAGCAACGGUUAUAACUAUAGGUGGUCUUGUAGCGGGUGCGGCUGUUGGGUCGGGUGUUGAAAGUUGGUUGCAGGUAGACAUUGUCCCGUUUCUUGGGAUUCAUUCUCCGGCUACCAUUAUAGGUGAAUUUAUUCUCUUUUCUCAGUUAUUGGUUUCUCUGUAUCUAAUAUAGAAGAAGAAGAAGAUGAUCAUGUAUUAUAUGAUCUCUCUUGUACAAAUUGGAUCUAUGUCAAGAAUGUUCUUUUUUAAUGUCAUAAUCAUUUCUAAUCA